GUUAAAAAAUAAAUAGAACAUGGCGGUCACACCGUUGCCGCGUAGAUUUAUCCCGCGCAAACUCUAGGUGCACAUUCUCACGUUCAUCAAGAUAAAUAUCGAAAUAUUUUCCUGAAGCAGUCUACAAUAGUUUUCAGAAGUCAUCCCUCCAGAUAUUCGUCAUGGUUGAGGGCGAGACGGUGGAUGUGAAGACCCUGGAGAGUCCCAGUGCGUCAAAAUUGAAGGAAUCAGAUAAUAAAAUGGACACUGAGGAGGUGAAAAAACGUCCCAGGGAGGAAACGAGUGAGGAGGAAGAGCAGGAUGCAUCAGCGAAGAGAGCGAAAAAGGAAGAGAGUUCUGAAAACGAAAGUGAGACCUCGAAGAAAGCCAACGGCACUGAAAAAGAUACCGAGGUGAAGAAAUCAGAUAAAUCACUAGAACAAGGAGCAACAGAAUUGAGUGAGAAAAUCGAUAAACGGGAAGAGAAGAAGGGUGAAGAGUCAGAAAAAUUGGAGAAGGAGCAGGAAAAGUCCACAGAGGAAUCAAAAGUGACGACAUCUAAAUCGAAAGAGCCAGAGGUGGUGAAUGGGUUGGAAAUGUCUGUUGAAUGCGCCAGUGACAAGGAAGAGACGAGUUCUGAGAGUGAGGAUGAGAAGACAAAAAAGCCAAGACCCAAGACGAUUAUCGUUAAAGCGAAAGCUAAUGAUUCUGAAGUUGAAGUGAGUGGUUCAGAGGAUGAAGGGGCGAACAAUCAAGAGGAGGAGGGUAAGAAAGAGAAGGAAGAGAAGGAAGAGGAGAAGGACGAGGCGGUGGUGAAAUCAAAGGAUAAGGAGUCAUCGGUGAAGAAGGAUGAGGAGUCCGCUGAGACAUCGGGUGUUGAUUCCGAGGAGGAGAAUGCCUCGGAAUCUGGGAAGAAGAGCAAGAGAGGAAGGCCCACGAAGAAAGCACCUGUGAAACCUCCUGCAGACAGCAAGAAGAAACGCGGACGUCCCAAGAAACAAAUUGCGGAAAUCGAAAAGGAAGAUAAUAAAGAUAAAUCGGAUAAAUCUGGCGAGAAAAAGAAAGAGAAAGCGAAUGAGGAUGAGAGCGAGGACUCCAAGAAAUCAGGGUCUGAUAGGAGUGAUGAUGAGUCUGAGGAUGAUGGAGGAGACUCAGAUGACAAGGGAAACAGAAAAAGAAAGGGGAAUAAUGGGCCACCAGAGAAAGACACAAGGAUUAAAUCUAUGAAGAAGUACUUGAAUGUAGCAGGCAUUCGUGUGAAAUCAUUCGAUGAACUCUGGGCUGGGUGUAAAACCAAUGCUGCACGUCUAAGACGUAUGAAAGAACUUCUGGAAAAGAAUGGAAUCAGUGGAAGGCCGUCGAUGGAGAAGUGUAGGCAGUUGAAGGAAAAAUUGAAUAGAGCCAAAGAAUUGGCAGAACUCGAUCCCCAGAACAUUAUCUCUGAAGGACGUGUGACUCGCUCAAGAACAGCUAAAACCCCCAGAAAGCGAAGUGCAACUCCACAGUCAUCGUCACCCUCAGUCACUCCAGACAAAGAGCUCCGUAAGAGAAUUAAAAAUGUCGUGGAUAGUGAUUCAGAGUGAGACGCCGUGAGGGAGAUUUUUUCUGAGUCUUCUAAUGUACCUCCCCUUUUUUUCUUGCUCGCUGUUAAACAGGAAGGAAAGUUUAUGAAUAAGUUUGCUGGAGUAAUUUACAUAAUUUCUGUAGCAAAACGAUAAAACGUAAAUCAGAAAUCAGACGUUCUCAUUAAUUAUGGACAUAGUUUGCAUUUCAGUAGCAAAUUAUUGCAGAGGAAGAAUAAUUUGUUUAAUUCUGUAAACUCCUUUACUGUUCCAACGAAAUAUUCGGCAAUUGAAUUACAAUGCUCUGACCCACAUUAAUUUUUUAUUAUUGAAUUUACUUCUCAUUUCUUUGGCUCCCAACAGCCUAGAUACUGGCAGUUACAUAUUGAAAAAUAUAUUUUUCGUAUCUCUGAAUGAUAGACGAGAGCUGUUGGUAUCUGAUAAAAUAUUUGUGUUUAAAUGUUGCUGGAGUAAAUGAAUGUUUAACAUUACAAUGACUCGAUACUCUUUGUAAAUUUUUUUGAACGUUGAUGAUAAAAUAAAAGUACUUUAUUCUAUAAA